AUGUCGAAUCGAUGGUGGACUGGUCAAGGUAACCUAGCCGGCAUGGAUCCAUCAUCCGGCGGUUCGUUGACUCUAAAUAAGAAGCCAGAUCUAGGAAUAUCGAUGAACGAAAACAACACAGGAAGUGAUCAAGAUGAUGAGAGAGAUAACAACAGCGACGAUCCAAGAGAAGGUGCUAUUGAAACCUCAAACAGGCGGCCCAGAGGCCGCCCGCCUGGCUCAAAAAACAAACCAAAGCCUCCGAUUUUCGUGACUAGGGACAGUCCAAACGCGCUUCGUAGCCACGUCAUGGAAGUAGAAAGUGGGACGGAUAUAGCUGAAAGUAUAGCUCAGUUUAGUAGAAAAAGGCAAAGAGGGGUUUCGGUUUUAAGUGCUAGUGGGACAGUUAUGAAUGUAACCCUAAGACAACCAACUGCACCCGGUUCAGUUAUGGCUUUACAAGGCCGGUUCGAGAUUUUAUCAUUAACUGGAGCCUUUUUACCUGGUCCAGCUCCACCAGGAUCAACUGGCUUGACUAUUUACCUCGCUGGAGGUCAAGGUCAAGUCGUUGGAGGUAGCGUUGUGGGGUCGUUAGUAGCUUCUGGGCCCGUGAUGGUGAUCGCGGCUACAUUUUCUAACGCUACGUAUGAAAGAUUACCGGUUGAUGAAGAAGAGGAAGCAGAUAGUGUGGUGCAAGCGACAGGGAUGGGUACAGGUGGUGGUGGCGGCGGCGGUGGUGGAGGAUCACCGCCAGGACUCGGGAUGAGUGAUCAUCAUCCGAUGCCUGGCGGAUAUAAUUUGCAGCCAAAUUUGAUGGCUAAUAAUGGUGGUGCACCAAUGAACCAUGAAGCAUUUGGUUGGGCUCAUAGCCGGCCAGCUCCAUAUUAAUUAUUAGAGGUAAUGUUAAUUUAA